AUGCCUGAAAUAACUAUUAACGUCAAAUGUUCUAACGACCAGAAAUAUAGCGUAACGAUAGAUACUUCUAAGACGGUGCUGGAGUUUAAGCAAGCUAUUGCGGAGAAAUGUGAUACUACCGCGGAUAGACAGAGAUUGAUAUACUCUGGCAGAGUCUUAAAAGACAAUGAUACGCUCGAAACCUACAAGAUCGCGGAAGGUCAUACAGUUCACAUGGUGAAGAGUUCAGCGCCUAGUGGCUCGUCACAGGCACAGGCACAGGCAUCCCAACAAACACAAUCUGCAACAACAGGUAACACACAGACCCCACAACAACCGACUGGAAUUUCACCUAAUCCAUUCGCCCAAUUUGGUGCAAUGGGCGGAUUUAAUCAAGGCACAAAUCCAUACGGUGGUAUGCAGAACCCGUUGGACUUACUCCAGAACCCUGCGAUAAUGCAAUACAUGCAACAAAUGCUUCAAGAUCCUCAAUUCGUUGAAAGUAUGAUCCACAUGAAUCCUCAAUUCUCAUCGAUGGCGCCUCAGAUUAGACAAAUGAUGCAAGAUCCAGACUUUCAGGCGAUGAUGUCGAAUCCUGAAACUUACAGGAAUUUAGCUGCUUUACAACCACUCAUGGGAAAUCUUGGGCCACUCACUGGUGGUGCAAUACCAGGUUUUCCCGGAUACAAUGCGCCAGCAACUACAGGAACGAAUCCGACCACCAACUCUACCACUAAUCCAACUACAAAUACAACUGCAGGAAACACUACUGGUACUACUACAACAGGAUCUACACCUACAUCAAAUACCACUCCUAGUACCACUACUCCCUCUAUUAACAACAAUCCAUUUCUUCCGUAUUUUAACCCUACUGCAGCAGGUGCAGCAGGUACUGGAACUAUGCCUCUAUUUGAUCCUUUAUUGUGGGGUGCACUUGGUGGAGUACCACCUACCACUACACCUACUACUGCUUCUGCUUCUGCAACCUCACAAACCCCACAAACACCACAAGUGCCCCCAGAAGAAAGGUUUCAAUCUCAACUUCAGCAAUUGAAUGAUAUGGGAUUUGUGGAUGCACAAAAAAAUAUUCGAGCGUUACAAAUUUGUCAAGGGAAUGUGAAUUUUGCUAUUGAAAGACUUUUAGAUCCUUCAUUUUAG